UUUUUGCGAGCAAACGACACGAGAGGUCAGAAUUCUCAUUUCACAAUGUUAAAACCAGAAAUAACAAUUUAUAAUGAUUUAGUAACAGUUUGCUUACAAACUUCAAAGUGGAAGGACGUGUUGCUCUUAAAUGUUGUAAGGUCACCUUAACCGGUUUAAGAUUUCUCCUUCAACAACUUCUCAAAAAUGGGGGCAAUAACAUACCACGUCCACUUCAGGAUCAUAGGUAGUGCAGUAGCUCUCCUACUGCACGCUGGUAACAGUAUCGCAAUGUUCCUGGCGCUCAGAGGCGACAUACUGAAAGAUCCCGAUAUAGCCAACCUGCAUGCCACGCAAUACAGAUAUAUCACUAUAUGGAAUGUGGCAUUUCAAAUAGCUUAUUCAGUAAUGAAUUUAGUAUGUGACAUACCUCUAGUAUUGAAGGUCAAGGAGGAAUCUUCUAGCAUAUUUUACAUUUUAAAGUAUGUAAGGAAAUAUAGGAAAAUAGUUUAUGGAGGUGUCAUAUUUCCCACUGGCAUAACAAUCACCUUAAUAUUCUGGCCUUUUUUCAUAAUCAAUAGAGAACUGGUCUUCCCAGCGUUCAUAGACAAGGCUCUCAGCUACACAUCUAACCAUAUCAUGCACACCGCCAUCGCCCUCGUAGCGCUGUGGGAGCUGAUCUUCCUUCCGAGGAGUAAGCCGAGGUCUCAUAUGCUGUACCUAGCUCAUAUGGCUGGGAUAUAUUUCACUUACAUAUACGUAUUAUUGGCAAAUUACGCUGAGAGGGGGUCGUGGCCCUACCCAAUGUUUAACGACUUGUACGGGACCAUUUACUUUCCCAUAGUCAUAGCUGCUUUCGGUCUCAUUUACGUAGUGAUGUACUUUGCUCAGUGGCCUCUGACGUCAUUGAUUUAUAAUAAUAGCAGUAGAUACUACAAAAGAACUGAAAAAAUAAGAUGAUUACUAAAUGUC